AUGACUAACGAAUCGCAUGAAAAUCGAUUUUCCGUGCGCUCUGUCUCUGAGGGCAUUGACGACCACUACCUCACACGGGAGGCGCCCCCUCGCGUCGACCACUACCGCAAUGUUAUGUCAGUUCAUUGCCGGAUCUCACGGCCCACUCUCGAAGAGCUGUUCGUGGGCCACACCAACAACAACUAUCUCACGAAGUCAACCGAUCCUCAGAAGAGCGGUCGUACGGAAGGCAAUAUCAAACUGGGAUGGUUGCAGGGCGUCCUCUACAGCUCACACGGUGUCCCUUUAAACACCAUUACCCUAUCCUUAAACACCACUACCCUAUCCGCACAGAUGCGCUGUAUUCUCAACAUAUGGGGAGUCAUGUUAUUCCUGCGCCUCUCGUGGGUCGUCGGCGAAGCGGGUAUUGGUUUGGCGUUUGUGGUCAUAUUAUCGGCCACUUUCAUCACUACCAUAACUUCCAUCUCCAUGUGCGCCAUUUCCACCAACGGUGAGGUGAAGGGCGGCGGCACCUACUAUAUGAUCUCACGAUCACUCGGACCCGAGUUUGGCGGAGCCAUUGGGGUUAUCUUCAGUCUCGCCAAUGCUGUGGCCGUUGCUAUGUAUACCAUAGGCUUUGCAGAAGCACUUCAUGCUGUGUUCGAACGCAGCGGCCUAAACGUGUCUGCGGGCUUUUGGUUUGACAUCCGGUUCAUCUCUGUGGUCACUGUUUGUAUUUUGUUGGCCAUUACUAUCAUAGGAAUGGAAUGGGAGUCUAAGGCACAAGUCGUACUUCUAGUGAUACUUCUUGUGGCAAUCUUUGACUUUCUCAUUGGUUCUGUCAUUCCUCCCAACGAUGAAAAAAAGGCUAAAGGAUUUGUUGGAUGGAACAGUAGGUUUGCUCCCUUUCCUCUAUUAGUUCUAAUAUUUAUCUCUUUAGUGAGUCUUAUUGUCGAGAACUUUAGUCCGGAUUUCCGUGUCGGACCCAAUGGUCAGGAAACCUUCUUCACUGUAUUCGCCGUAUUCUUCCCGUCCGCCACCGGUAUCCUCGCGGGCGCCAACAUCUCAGGCGAUCUCAAAGACCCUCAGAAAGCUAUACCUAAAGGCACACUCCUGGCCAUUGCCAUCACGUCAGGCACUUACCUGCUCUUCGCCUUCAUCUGUGGCGCGACUAUUCUUCGCGACGCCGACGGCAUAGGCUUUCCCGCCAACUGUACGAUAAAUGAUUGUAAAUAUGGUCUGCAUAGGGACUUCCAAGUCAUUGAAUUGGUGUCACUGUUCGGACCCAUCAUUUACGGUGGAGUAUUCGCGGCCACCCUGUCGUCCGCAUUGGCAUCACUGGUGUCGGCGCCGAAGGUCUUUCAAGCUCUUUGCGACGACAAACUCUUCCCAUACAUACACUUCUUCGGCAAAGCCUACGGCCCUAACCAUGAGCCCCGACGGGCGUACGUUCUAGCCUUUGCCAUAGCUUUGGUGAGCUGUCUGUCCGGUCAGCUCAACCUAAUAGCGCCCAUUAUCUCCAACUUCUUUCUGGGCGCCUACGCUCUCAUCAACUUUUCCUGUUUCCACGCCUCGUUUGCUAAGAGUCCAGGAUUUCGGCCCUCAUUUCGAUUCUAUAAUAAAUGGGUGUCUUUGGCGGGCGCUGUCGUCUCGGUCCUCGUCAUGUUUACGGGUCACUGGUCUAUGGCUUUAGCCACCGGUACGUUAGUGGCGGCGCUCUUCUUCUACCUCCGAUACCGCAAACCCGAUGUCAAUUGGGGCUCUUCUAGUGACGCCAAGUCCUAUAUCUCUGCCAUCUCUAGUGUCCACAAGUUAAAUGCCAUUCCCUUUCACGUCAAGAACUACAGACCACAAUUUCUGAUUCUGAGUGGAAGGCCAUCUGAUAGGCCUGCGCUCGUGGACUUUGGCUACUCUGUGGUCAAGAAAGUGGGUUUCAUUGUAUGCGCACAGGUCCUGGAUGUGAAAUUAGCGCAAAGAAGUCGAGAGAAAUUGAUAAAUGACUGCAACUCUGCCCUAAGAGAGCGUCGCAUCAAAGGGUUCUUCGCGUUGGCGGACGACCACUCAUUCUCGUCGGGCGUCAGAAACCUCGUACAGGUAUUGUCUAACUAUUCAAAGGAUAACCUCCUGUCCUGUGAAGGAUGUCCUCCUUCCGUAGGCAUUGGCAAACUGCGGCCCAAUGUAGUUGUUAUGGGCUUUAAAAAUGAUUGGAUGCGUUGUGACCACAAAGAAGUCGUCGAAUACUUCACGUCAAUACAACCGACUCAAGUCUUAUUUGUUCUCUUCUUCAGCCAUGUCUUCGACAACUCUCUUGCGCUGGCGAUCUUCCGACUGCGCGAUGGUCUGGAUGUGUCUCGUUUGGCAGGAGUGGCGGAUCUCAUGGAAGAGAGCCGAAAGGUAGGCCUUACGAGCCGUUCCUUCGUACUGCCGACAGAACCGGGACUGAGUUCAUCGACUGGAGCGGCAGAGCUGUUGUCCGCCAACCAAUUCCGGUGGAAAGAGAGGAAGGGGUUUGUGGACGUGUGGUGGCUGUACGACGACGGAGGCCUCACUCUUCUCAUCCCACAUCUGCUCCGACAACGCAAACAAUGGGCCGAAACGCGGCUCCGGAUCUUCACUUUGGUUCAGAGCGGAGGCGACGGAGAGCUCGAGAGACAGCAAAUGAAAACUCUUCUGGGCAAAUUCAGGAUCGAUAAUGAGGUCAUCAUUUUGGUGGACCCCUCACAGCCCCCAUCUCAGGCCUCCAUCAACCAGUUCGACGCCAUUGCCUCCCAAUGGCUUAAUAAUGAUAAGUCAGACCUUAGGAUCACUGCCGCAGAGAUGACGGCUCUCAGGGAAAAGACCAACCGUCACAUCCGUCUGCAUGAGUUGGUGUGUCUGCACUCUCGGGACAGCCAACUGGUGGUCAUGACUCUGCCGAUGCCUCGCAAGGACUCGUGUUCGGCCGCCCUUUACAUGUCGUGGUUGGAGGUGUUGUCCGCGGAUUUGCCACCAUUUCUGUUCGUUAGGGGAGACCAGAGAGAUGUCCUCACCUUUUACUCGUGAGGAAUACAUGAACACUCUGUCCGAUAUGACUUCCCAUUCAUAUCCCUUUCCUUUUAAGCGUAU